CGCGCCGCAGCCCGGGAGAGUCGGAAAGGCGAGGGGCGCCGGGAGCAGGCGUGUGGGACUCCUGACCGGAGAGCCGGAGGCUGCGCCUUCCCCGCACCGGGACCUUCGCGACGCAUCGGAAUCUCGCCCUCGCCCCGUGCGAACGCCCACGAUGACCACCACUCUCGUGUCCGCCACCAUCUUCGACUUGAGCGAAGUUUUAUGCAAGGGUAACAAGAUGCUCAACUACAGCACUCCCAGUGCUGGGGGCUGCCUGCUGGACAGGAAGGCAGUGGGCACCCCUGCUGGUGGGGGCUUCCCUCGGAGGCACUCGGUCACUCUGCCCAGCUCCAAGUUCCAUCAGAACCAGCUUCUCAGCAGUCUUAAGGGGGAGCCGGCCCCGUCCCUGAGUUCCCGCGACAGCCGCUUUCGAGACCGCUCUUUCUCCGAAGGGGGCGAGCGGCUGCUGCCCACCCAGAAGCAGCCUGGGGGCGGCCAGGUCAACUCCAGCCGCUACAAGACGGAGCUGUGCCGCCCCUUCGAAGAAAACGGUGCCUGUAAGUACGGAGACAAGUGCCAGUUCGCGCACGGCAUCCACGAGCUCCGCAGCCUGACCCGCCACCCCAAGUACAAGACGGAGCUGUGCCGCACCUUCCACACCAUCGGCUUUUGCCCGUACGGGCCCCGAUGCCACUUCAUCCACAACGCCGAGGAGCGCCGCGCCCUGGCCGGGGGACGGGACCUCUCCGCCGACCGUCCCCGCCUCCAGCAUAGCUUUAGCUUUGCUGGGUUUCCCAGUGCCGCCGCCACCGCCGCCGCCACGGGGCUGCUGGACAGCCCCACGUCCAUCACCCCACCCCCCAUCCUGAGCGCCGAUGACCUCCUGGGCUCACCUACCCUGCCCGAUGGCACCAAUAACCCCUUCGCCUUUUCCAGCCAGGAGCUGGCGAGCCUCUUUGCUCCUAGCAUGGGGCUGCCCGGGGGAGGCUCCCCCACCACCUUCCUCUUCCGGCCCAUGUCCGAGUCCCCUCACAUGUUUGACUCUCCCCCCAGCCCUCAGGAUUCUCUCUCGGACCAGGAGGGCUACCUGAGCAGCUCCAGCAGCAGCCACAGUGGCUCAGACUCCCCUACCUUGGACAACUCAAGACGCCUGCCCAUUUUCAGCAGACUCUCCAUCUCAGAUGACUAAGCCAGGGUAGGGAGGGCCCCCCUACCUCCUCCUCCACCUCUCCAUCCUGCUCCCCAUCCCGUACCUCCACCUCCCCACCCCCUAACCUUUCCUCAAACCCCUACAUUGAUACAUUUAAGCUCAACCCCUUCCCCAGAACCUUGGUAUGUUACACACACGGCCCCCUCCCCAACAUAAGGACAAGUCAAUUUGUCAGUAGCUUCUGGCUUGAAACCCCUCCCUCCAUUUCAUAGCCCACUUAACCACGCAUAACAGAGUCCCGUAUUUGUCAGUAGAUGCCUUUUUUUUUUUUUUUUUUUUGGCUUAAGCCUUAAGUGCCAAAUCACAAAAGAAAAAAAAAAGCAGUAACCGUUUACAGAAGCAACUUAGUGCCUUUUAAUCUAACUUUGUCACUGUGACUACAUUACCUCUUCAACGCCAGGGGGCACCCGUGGGCCUCCCAGAGCCUCUGCCCAUGGGGUUGGGGGGGAGGGUGACCGAAACCAGCAGCUCCCCCAGCUGGCCACACAAGUGCACCUUCCUUUCAGUCUCCCGCACACUUCUGCCCGCCUCCCUCAGAGAAUUGUUGCUGGACUUGGGUUUUGGGGGGAAAACCUAUUUUGACAUUCAAAACCUUUUUCUUCCCGGCCUGAACCCCUGUUGACUAAUCUUGCCUGGGUUUGUGUAGGUCUUCAGGGAGAAAGGAACAAGUUGGACGAAGGUUUUGACAUUAAGUGGGACUUUGUGAUUUAAUUUUUUUUUCUUUUCUUUUUUUUUUCUUUUUUAAGUGGGGAGGAAGGGGAAACUAGAUGGACUAUGAGAGACUUGAUUUUGGUGCUAAAGUUCCCCAGUUCAUAUGUGACAUCUUAAAAAUGACAAAAUGAGAGAAAAGCUAAAAAAAGACGCAAGGGGUGAGCAGUUAAUGGUAUUCAUUCCACAUACAAUAUCUGUGUAAAACGAUUUCCUGUAGAAGUAGCUUUAAUGGAUUUUGCUCUAGAAUACCUUAGGUCUACCUUAGAGCCCUCACGCCAUGCUUUUUUCCCUGGGUUUAAACUUCAUCUAACUUUCAGAAAUUGGAGAGCAAAAAGUUUGCUUGUCACUGCACAUCAAUAUAAAAAAGCUUAUUUAACUUAUCAAAACGUAUUUAUUGCCAAACUAUGCUUUUUUUUGUUAAUUUUGUUCAUAUUUAUCGGGAUGACAAAUCCAUAGAAUAUAUUCUUUUAUGUUAAAUUAUGAUCUUCAUAUUAAUCUUAAAAUUUUGUGACGUGUCUUUCCUUUUUUCCACAGUUUUAAUAUAUUAUUCUUCAACAACAUUUUUGUAACUUUACACUUUUUUGGUUAUUUUAUUUUAAAAAAAUGAAAAAUUAAUUUAAAAAAAUGCAAAAAACUGUUGGAUUAUUUAUUUUAGAAAUUCUCCCCUUUGUGUUGGACUGCAAAUUGAGUUUCUUCCUCCUUAGGCCUUUCACAGGUAGGACUGAGAAUGUACGUACAAGUUCUGUGACAGUACAGAAGGAAAACCACCAUUUAUGUAUAGCUUCUAAAAGGGAAAACAGAAAAACAGAAAGCCCUUUUCCAUGUGCCCAUCUCAAGACAUUCCGCUCGCAGAUUCGAGGUUCUGGAUUCCAGGUUGGAGUUUUCCAUUGUUAAAUGUAAACAACUGGCGCACACACAUAAAGAUGAAUGUAAUUAUUAUUCCUCUUGCUGGUCACUACCGUCGCUUUCUAUUUCUCUUUUUCUUUGUGUGAAUUUAUUUAAAAGAAAAAAAAACUUUUUGUAACGACUAUUUGCAGUUUAAAAAUCAAUAAACCCCAUUUUUUUCAAGAA